AGCUGACAGAUCCGGCACCUUUCGUGCUUCGUGCUUCGUGCAUGACUUGUCACUAGACAUAGAUCGUGAUAUCCGAACCCUCGCUCCCCGAACACAAGCCCCUGUAUAUUCUUAUUCGUCCGUCUUUGCACUCGUUCCGUCGCGAUGAGCAGGCCACAAGAUCUGCAACGCGUGGACUCCUUCCAGUGGCCGAAAGGGCAUGUCGGACAGCUGAGCGAGAGCCAAGCAAAAAGUCUCGACGAAUUCAAGCAAUUAUGUCAAGACAAGGGAUACUUCACGCCGGGAGACAGUACCAGCGGCACCCGAGCCACUCACGAUGACGAGACAAUGCUGCGCUAUCUCCGGGCGCGCAAGUUUGUCCCGAACGAUGCUUUCAACCAGUUCAAGGACACCGAGGAUUGGCGCAAGGAGAACGACAUUGAUAACCUCUACGAGACCAUUGAUAUCAAUGAGUAUGAAUUCUCGCGGCGUUUGUAUCCGCAGUGGACCGGUCGACGCGACAAGCGUGGCAUUCCGUUCUUUGUCUAUGAGAUUGGUAGCCUCAAUUACAAAGACAUCACGGCCAAUGCCAACGACAAGAAUCGGCCGAAAAACGCGAUCCCCAUGGUUUCCAAGGCACCACGUAGACUGCUAAACUUGUUCGCGUUGUAUGAAAGCUUGACUCGAUUCUCCUUGCCAAUCUGCUCUGCCAUGUCAGAUCGUGAGAAUAAGGCAACUCCGAUCAGUCAGAGCAACAACAUCGUUGACAUCUCGAAUGUUGGCUUGACCACCUUUUGGAACUUGAAAAACCACAUGCAAGACGCGUCAAAGCUGGCUACCGCCCAUUACCCAGAGACUCUAGAUCGCAUCUUCAUUGUGGGUGCUCCAAGCUUCUUCCCGACCGUAUGGGGCUGGAUCAAGAAGUGGUUUGAUCCAAUCACAGUGUCCAAAAUCUUCAUUCUUUCUCCCAGCAUCACCGCAUCUACACUGGAACAGUAUCUCGACAAAGACAACAUUCCCAAGAAAUACGGGGGCAAUCUUGACUGGAGCUUUGGUGACCUCCCCAACAUCGACCCCGCCAUCGCGGACCGAUUUGAGUGGCAUGAGGAGAUUCUUCAGAAAGGACACCGCUCUUUACCCAUCGGUCCUUUGCGCUUUGAAUACAACGAAAAGGACGACCUCGUCCUCUACGCAGUCGGUUCCGAAAACGGCGUCAAACGCAACCUGAAACUCGGCACUGUGCAUCCAGAGGAAGGCGUAGCAAUGCUCGACGUCGGCAUCAGCCGCGGCAAAACCGCAGGAGUGGACGUACCAGCAUCCGCCGGCGCCGCAUCAAGCAUAAGCAAACCCGAGCCAAGCACCGCCAACGCCAACAAUACCACAACUGCUACCAACGAUCCCGCCGCGGUCAUCGCUGGCGGCACCGCUGACAUCCCGUUCCACCACCCGGAAGUUCGCACCGGAACCUCCAACACCCGCCUUGACCAACAAGCCGGUACGCACGCCGAGGGCCAGGCAGAACACGGCUCCCCCGAGACGCGCGUGGAUGGACAAGGCACCGAGACAUCCAUCAUCGAGACUGCGACUGUCGGCCAAUCAGCCAAACACACCCAGCUCUACGAGGAGGAAGAGCAUAGGCCGACUCUUGUGGAGCAGGCGCAGAAUGUAGUCGGUCAAGCGCAGCAGAUCGCCACCAGCGGCGUCGCAGCGGUCGCGAGCGCUGUGGGUUUGAGCGGCGAGGAAAAGAAGGAGGAGACGGUAGCCGAGGGAGCGAAUGAGCCGAAGACGCAUCCGGCGGACGAAUUGAAGGAUCACCAAGUCGAGGAACUCCUGCGAAGUCAGACCAUGAACAACAAACCGGGUCACGAGUAGAACGAGAUGACCUUCUGCGGUGACUGCAUGGGAUUUCAGGAUUGCGUCACGCGUCGGUGUUUGCUUGACGGGUGUGGAGGCAUGGAAGAUCGUUGAAUUAUUGCGGUCAUGGUUAAUUAAAAAUAUAGACAGGAAUGAAGUUUUUCUUCUUUGGGGAAUCUGUUACGGUAAAUUCACAUUUUCAUCCGUCAGCUACCAAGCUCGAUGCGUUUCCUCAGAAGAUCUCUCGCCUCACUCUCCGAUAGCGAGUCAAGACCAAGUUGCUCCAGAACUUGUCUCGCACCUUCAUUGUCCUUGAAAACCAGUCGCUCGGCCUGGAACAGGCUCAUCUUACCAUCACUGACCUCCCCAGACUUCUCGUCGAGUUCGUCCCAAGCCGCGUCGUCACCAUCUUGAUCAGCGUCUCCCGUAGAAUCGGCAGAUUCGCCAGAUCGGCUAGGAAGCUCGCGCUGGAUCUCACCUCUUA